AUGCCCAAAUCCCGAAUGCGUCUCUUCGUGCUCGCCGCCUUCCUCGUUGUCGCCGUCAUCGUAUAUGUCAAGCGCGGAGCAGAGGAGACGCUCUCGUCAGAAUACUACACCAGAACACAGGAGGCCCUACAAGCAAAGGAGUACGCGGAAGCGGCCAAAGAGCGCGAUGCCGCCAACAUAGGCGAGCGAUUAAAAGCGGCCGAAGAGGCCGCGAAAAAGGCCGCCGACGACAAGAGCCAGCGGUACCUGGAAUCCGUCGAGGGGACGACCGAGGACGACAAGAGCGUCGCGGGGCGCGUGAAGCUCACGCAGCAGGGCGGGGACAAGAAGCUCGGGGUUGCGAAACAAGGGGGGCGGACGAGGGAGAAGGAUGCAUCCGAGUUGGAGCACGAGACGCUCGAGGACCAUGAGGUCGAGGUUGAGUUGAAUGCGAUUCUCAAGAAGAGUCCCGUGAUAAUCUUCUCCAAAUCCUAUUGCCCUUAUUCCAAGCGAGCCAAACAGCUCCUCCUCGAGACAUACAAGAUAUCCCCCGCCCCCUUCGUCGUCGAACUAGACCACCACCCCUUGGGCGCCAAACUCCAAGAUACCCUAGCGGAGAGCACGCACCGGAGGACGGUCCCGAACAUCCUCAUCAUGGGCCGCAGCAUCGGCGGCAGCGACGACAUCGCCGCGCUCCAUGAGGCUGGGAAGCUGGAAGAGACGAUUCGGACCAUGGGUGGGAGCCGCAUCACGGAGGUCAAGGUGGCUGCGGGUAAUGAUGCGGAGAAGAAGUCGGAACCGGCGGCGUUACGAUGA